GAGAGAGAGAGAGGAAGAGAGCGAGAGAAAGAGGGAGAGAGAGAGAGAAAGAGACCAAGAGGGAAAGAGAGACUUGCCGCCAGCGCCCACCGCUGACAUGUACCUUACGACGAAGGAUCAGAUGUCGACCAUCUCAGACAUGAACCUCGUGGUCAGUCCGACGCCGUGCAAGCCGGACAUCCCGUGCGCCGUCUGCGGCGACAAGGCGAGCGGCAAGCACUACGGCGUACUCAGCUGCGACGGCUGUCGGGGUUUCUUCAAGCGCAGCAUCCGACGCAACCUCGAGUACGUGUGCAAGGAGAGCGGCGGCUGCGUCGUCGACGUGACGCGACGCAACCAGUGCCAGGCGUGCCGCUUCAAGAAGUGCCUCGAUGUGAAGAUGAACCGCGACGCAGUUCAGCACGAGCGAGCGCCGCGCUGCUACCAAUACAAGCGCGAGGCGAGUCCGCAGGGAGUCAAGCUCAGCGCCGACCGCACGAUGGCCGACAGCACGCACCCGACUCUACUCCCCCGCCACCAGCGCCUCGACUACGCCCCCUUCAGCCAGUACAGUCCUCCGAUUGGUCUGACGCCCGACGUGACGUACGCGGGUCACGUGUUCAUGCCGACGAUACCCGAGCGUCGCUUCGCGGGAUUCGUCGAGCACGAGCCGAGAGCGGAGGCGCCGAAGUCGUCGUCGCCACGCGACAACAACUCGCCCGAGUCGUCAACGCACGGAACGAUGACGUCAGACGCUAAGUCCGACAAAGGUUCUCUGAUGACGUCGCACGGAAAUUCUCAUCUCGAUCGAGCGCCAUCUGACGGCGGCCGUGGAUCAUGUUGGGCCGUUGAAGUGAGAGCAAUGCAGGACGUCAUUUCACGACUGCACUCGCUGCGCGUGGACGCUACAGAGUACGCCUGUCUCAAGGCAAUCGUCCUAUUCAAAUCUGAGAUCCGGGGCCUGCGCGACUCGGUGCAGGCGGAGCUGCUGCAGGACCAGGCGCAACUAAUGCUCAGCGAGUACACGUACACGCAGCAUCCGCCGUCGAAGGUGCGCUUCGGGCGUCUGCUGCUGCUGCUGCCGCACGUGAAGAGCGUCAGUCCGCGAACGAUAGAGGAGCUGUUCUUCCGACGGACCAUCGGCAGCGUGCCCAUCGAGAGACUCCUCUGCGACAUGUUCAAGUCUUGUUGAAGGCGCGCCCAGUUCGUAGGUUCAAGUCUCUCCG